GAUGACAUAACGUAGGUGAUGGAGGAACGAGAGGGAGGAGAGAGGGAGAUGGAGCGCAGCCAAUCAUCAGCCAGCAGAGUAACUCAAGAGCAGACUCGGAGGAGGUUUCAUUGAGACACUUUCUCUCUACAAGCCGCGAUCAGAGGAUGAAGGCAAAGCCGGAUAUGAAGCAGCAGGCAGGUGGUUGGCUCCAUUUGAGCUAUUAAUUCUGCUCAUUAGUUCUGGAGCUUCCAUUGAUGCGCAGGCGGCUGGUCCAGCGCGUCAUCAGCGGGGUCUGGGCAGAUUAGAGCUCGGAAAACACGCUGCCCCCCAAAACAUGACAGCGACACUGAAGGUUGUGGACUAAGGCAGCGAUCCAUGGGCCGCAGGACCCAAGUAACCACCCACAUCUCACGGCGAUCUCCUUCAUGUUCUCUAACGGAGGUGUGCGGAGGAGAGAGCGAUUCUGGCCCGCAGCCGAUGCCGGUGAGCAGGGAGCAGUGGUCGGCAGGAAGGUGGUACCCAAGUGUCGCUGUUUACUACCCGGGAUCAGGCUGAGGGAUGGGCUGCGCUCCCAGCAUCCACGUCUCUCAGAGCGGGGUGAUCUACUGCCGAGACUCGGACGAAUCCAACUCCCCGCACCAGACCACCACCAUCUCCCAGGGCAACGCGGCCACUCUGCACGGGCUCUUCAUCAAGACCGAUGCGGCCGAGACCAUCCCGUCCGUCAUCACCUACCAGAGCCGGCAGGCGCGCAACAGUACGCACCGGGACUGCAAGGAGAACAGCGGGGGACAGGUCCGCAUCGAGGCCGAGACGCAGACCAGCCACACCAGCUUCAAGGUUUCAGCCACAGAAGAGUGUGUAGGACCCAUGAGACUGACCAAGGAGCCAAUUCAGGUCCUGUUGGUUUUUGCCAAGGAGGACAGCCAGAGUGACGCCUUCUGGUGGGCCUGCGAUCGCGCUGGCUUCAGGUGUAACAUAGCACGCACACCUGAGUCUGCCAUUGAGUGUUUCCUGGACAAACACCAUGAGAUCAUUGUUAUCGAUGGACGCCACUCACGCUACUUUGAGCCUGAAAAAGUUUGCCGGAUGAUCCGCGCCACAAAGCCUGGAGAAAACACAGUUGUUCUAGCUGUUUUGCCACAAAAACUGCCUGACCAAGAGGAGCCAUCUGUUCUUCCUCUCCUGUGUGCUGGAUUUAGCCGAAGGUUUGUGGAAAACAGCAGUGUGUCUGCAUGCUACAAUGAGCUCAUACAGAUAGAACACGGAGAGGUGCGCUGCCAGUUCAAACUCAGGGCUUGCAACUCUGUCUUUACUGCUUUGGAGCACUGCCAAGAGGCUGUGGAAAUCACCAGUGAGGACCACAUAAUUCAGUAUGUGAAUCCAUCAUUCGAGAGAAUGAUGGGCUACCACAAGGGAGAGCUGAUUGGGAAAGAACUGACUGAACUUCCCAAAAGUGACAAGAACAGAGCGGACCUGCUGGACACGAUCAACACCUGCAUUAAAAAAGGAAAAGAAUGGCAAGGAAUUUACUAUGCCAGAAAGAAGUCAGGCGACAGCAUUCAACAGGAUGUGAAAAUAGUGCCUGUCAUCGGCCAAGGAGGAAAAAUUCGACACUUCGUGGCCAUUAAGAGACCUCGAAUGGACAACAACAAUCAGAUCCACAAGUUGAACAAGGAAGAGAAAUAUGGCGGGGACCAUUUUCAGUCAGCUCCAAGUUUACAGAAUCGCAGAUACUCAUCUGUUGCCAGGAUUCAUUCGAUGACUAUUGAGGCUCCAAUCACAAAGGUAAUAAACAUCAUCAACGCAGCCCAGGAGAGCAGUCCGGUAACAGUAGCUGAGGCUCUAGAUCGCGUGUUGGAGAUCCUGAGGACCACCGAGCUCUACUCCCCUCAGCUCGCCUCCAAAGACGACGACCCCCACACCAACGACCUGGUUGGGGGGCUCAUGAGUGACGGACUACGUCGACUCUCUGGGAAUGAAUAUGUUUUUAACAAAAAUUUGAGCCAGAGCCAGUUGGCCAUCCCAGUCACUUUAAACGACAUUCCUCCAUCCAUCGCUGAGAUGCUGAAUGAUGAGGAACACUGGGAAUUCAACAUCCUGGAGCUGGAGGCAGCCACACACAAAAGACCUUUGACUUACCUUGGGUUGAAGAUCUUCACAACCUUCGGAGUGUGUGACUUCCUGAACUGCUCUGAGGCAACACUGCGCUCCUGGCUGCAGCUCAUCGAGGCCAACUAUCACUCCUCCAACUCCUACCACAACUCCACGCACGCUGCAGACGUUCUGCAUGCCACGGCCUACUUCCUACGCAAAGAAAGAGUCAAGAGCCAUCUGGAACAGCUGGAUGAGGUGGCGGCUCUGAUAGCAGCCACAGUCCACGACGUGGACCACCCAGGCAGGACCAACUCCUUCCUGUGUAAUGCAGGAAGUGAACUGGCCAUCCUUUACAACGACACGGCCGUGCUGGAGAGCCACCAUGCAGCCCUCGCCUUCCAGCUCACCGUCCGGGACAGCAAGAGCAACAUCUUCAAGAACAUCGACAGGAAUCAGUUUCGAACGUUGCGACAGGCAAUCAUUGACAUGGUUCUGGCCACAGAAAUGACUCGACACUUUGAGCAUGUCAGCAAGUUUGUCAACAGCAUCAACAAACCCAUAGCAGCCAUAGAAGAGACCAGCACAAGUAGUGUGAACAGCGACUACGAGAGCCAGACCAACAUCAGAAACUCUCCGGAGAACCGCCUGCUGAUCAAGCGGAUGCUGAUCAAGUGUGCGGAUGUGGCGAACCCCUGCAGGCCACUAGAGCUCUGCAUUGAGUGGGCUGGACGGAUCUCAGAGGAGUACUUUGCACAGACAGAUGAGGAGAAAAGACAAGGGCUGCCCGUGGUGAUGCCAGUAUUUGACAGGAACACCUGCAGCGUGCCCAAAUCUCAGAUCUCCUUCAUAGACUACUUCAUCACAGAUAUGUUUGACGCCUGGGAUGCCUUCGCCAGCCUCCCUAAUUUGAUAGAACACCUGUCGGAGAACUACAACUACUGGAAGAACUUGGACGAGAGGAAGUGUAAGAGCCUGCGUCCUCCUCCUCCAUCCUGACCUCCAUCUCCUCUUUACAUCCACCACUCGGAGCAAACUCUGGAGGCACAGCUGCUUCGGAACGAUUUCCCGCCGUGACUUUAAAGAGCUCUGUUCCCUCCCAGCUAUUCCCGGUGAGAAAAGCACGCUGGCAUUAGGACUGAGAGGAGACGUCAGUGACUGAUGAACAAUGAGGCGCUCUCUCCAGUGUUCCUGUGAACUUUUAGCAGAACGUGACGUUCUGCCGGCAGAGAACAGGUGUGUUAUCUGGAGGCUUUAUGGAGCUCUGUGGACCUCACGGCUCACCUGACAAUCUACCAUACAGUACCACAAACCUGCACUUUAGCUAAUCGAGACAUUUUGAUUAGGAGUUCCAUUUUGCUGUUUGCUUUUCACACUUUAUUUUCCUAUUUGUGAGCUUUUUGCAAAAGAAUUGCUUGAAUGGAGGGAGGCAAAAGCCAGACGCUCUUCUGCAGGUGCUCAGCUUGAACUAAGCUGUGUGAGACACGAACAGAAUAUCUACAAGCCCAGUCCCUAAUAUCCCUGUGCAGGACGAACAUGUUGGAUGGAGUCGCAGCCACUACACGGGUUUCAUAUGUUUUCAACAAAGGUGAUAAAGAAGGGCUGCUCUUAGCAGAAAAUGCUGUAUUUUAAAGUUAUGUAGCUAAAAAAAAUAGGUCAUAAAACAUCUCACCUUGUUACUUUGAGUUUCUUACACAGCCACAUCUUUUGUGCACUGCAAAAGCAUCAGCUGAACAAAUACUGUUGCACUGUAUUAGAGCUUUUUAGUCAUCGGGUUUAAUUCAGAGCUUUGGGACACAAACUGUAGACACACACACACACACACACAAAGAAGAAAUAGAGCCUAUUCAAACUUUAAAUGUCUAAAGUGAUCCAGUUUGGAGAUGCUAGAGAAGAAGACUUGGACCUCAUAGAGGUCAGAACAAAGUUUGGUGUUUUGUUUCAGCUCCUACGUGGUUUUUAUUUCGGCAGAUGCUGAAAAAACGUCUCAUCCUUCAGUCACUGAGCACAUGAUUUAAACUGCUUUUAUUUUUAUAUAAACAAAAGCAUUUGCAAUUAGUUUGACGAGUACGCACCCCCCCCGGUGGCAAAACAUUGGACAAAGAAUCUGACGCAGGUUUUAUUGGUUUUCUUUGUUUGGAAAUGAAAUAAGAAAUCCUGAAAGUCACUUUCUGGUUUAGAACUUGGAUUGGAUGAUUCACCAGGCCAUGGAUUAUUGUCAUCUUUUAAAUAAGUCAGCAUCAGUCUGGCCUGGUUAACAGGCUGGAACAUCACAUCCAGGGGUGCCUUUGGGGACCCAAAAGGACGCAGAAAGGAACGUUAUGAUAACUUCUAAGUGACCGUCCUUUCUACGCUACAGCACAAACUCUGCAACGUUUCUUGUUCUUCAUGAAAACAUAAAAAAGAAAAUAGCCUGAAAAGGAUGUGCAGACUAGCCUGGCCUGCCCGACUCGUCCUCUGUUUAAUUCUACACAGAGAACUAUUCCCAUAAGGAAGCAUGGGGGUGGCUGGCCAGGCUAUGUGCAGACCUGGGCAGAGUUAGAAGUUAUGAUUCUAAUUAGACAAGAUGAGUGUUUGUUUUCCUUUCUGUCAUAUUUAAGCUAAUCUGAUUUCAUUCCUUGUUUCCCGGAGGAUCUCCACAGAUUAUGCUGCUGCUUUAAACGCUGGAUGUGCGUUUUGUGUCCUGAUCCUGCGGUCCAGUUGAAUAACGGCUGGUUCUCCAGAGAAAACGCUUCAUUUCUGGUUGUCUUGAAUAGUUUUUGUUGCCGUUUUGUAGGUUUGCUAAAAGCAUUCAUCCUUUCUUCUAAAAUCUUAAAGACCAAGUUCACUAGGAAACCGUUUUUGUUCCUUUUAAAUACGAUCAGUCACUCUGAGUUUAAUGAACGUGGAAACAGUCUUCUGCCCCGUUUCCUGCAUUAGCCGCUGAUAGAAAAUAGACGAGUCAGAAAGUCACGCAAAUCUACGUCACACUAAAAAGUAGCACUGAUGGACUCACCCAUCUAGACUCACGACGGGGAAGGCUGUUGUUGAUUUAGCGUCCGGGAAACAGCAGAGAACGUCUCAGCUAGUAGAAGCUAAUGUUAGCAUUCGCAGCUCCGCCACACAGCAGAACACCUUCAGGCUUGUGUUAUAUGUGGAGAUAAAACAACGUUGCAAAGCAAACAGUCAGCAGUAGAGUUGUGUUGCUGUUAGCCAAUCAGAGGCGAGACAUGCGAAGCUCAGGAAAAAGGACACCAAAUCCUGCCGUCUUCUGCUCCUUCAGACUUAUAGUUCCUGAAACAGGAGCACCAGAGCUUUUGUCCCCACAGAGAUAAACGCGCGGAGCAUUCAGGAAUACUAGAGACCACUGCAUUACAUGUCUAACUCUGCUCAGGCUUAUUUUGUGUUUUCAUGGAAUUUCCAAGUGAUCCCAAAAGCGGUGUGGAGGUAGUAACGGCCAGAGGUGUUGACUCGAGUCACAUGACUUGGACUCGAGUCAGACUCGAGUCAUUAUUUUAAUGACAUCUGACUUGACUUGAUCAAAUCUAUAAAGACUUACGACUUGACUCAGACUUGAAAGCCAAUGAUUUGCAACUUGAAUCGACUUGCAUUUGUUGACUUGAUGAUGACUUGAGCAUAUUUGAUAUUUUAGCGCAAAAGUGGCACGACAUGGACAAAAAUCAUAAAUCAUUCUUGGUUCUGGGUUAGAUCUUGUUCUGCUAAAUGCAGCAGCACUUUGUUUAUAAUCAGUUUCAGUUGCACUUUCUGCUUUGAGCAAAUAAAUGAAGCUUUAAGCUUUAUUUCUGGAUUUUAUUUAUUAUCAUUAUCGUUAAAUUGAAGUUGGACAGAUGACUUGAAUAUGACUUGAAAAUUCAAAGUUAAGGACUUGGACUUGACGGACUUCCACAUAAUUGACUUUGGACUCGACUUGGACUUGAUUGUCUUUGACUUGGACUUGACUCAAGACUUGACUGGAAAGACUUGUAUCUUACUUGUGACUUGCAAAGCAGUGACUUGGUCACACCUCUGGUAACGGCUUUCGUUUUUAAACUCUAGACGGUUGAGUAAAAGGUACUCGUAGGUACCCGCCAACCUUGAACAAGUCGGUAUUUUGUGUAUAACUAACUGGUGUAGUUACAGGUAACGAUCUGGUUUGUAUACAAGCCGUUGGGUCUUGCUAUGGCGUCAGUCAUUGACUCUCAUACUGGUCAACCUUUAGAAGACACAGACUUUUGCAUCCUAAGAUCUCUCAGGUCACUCUAAGAAAAUGGCAGGUGGUCAGUGGGUAAAUUAUUGUUGUCAUGAGAUUUAGACUUAUUGUCUCAAGUGUCCACGUCCAGGAGUGACUUGAUCCCUAAGUCACAUCACAGUAUUAAUCCAAGGCACAUAGAGCCCCUGACAGGUGCCUUAAUUCUCCAUCAUCACUGAAACGCUUUAUUUUAUUUGGCUUCUUUACUUUUUAUAAAAAGAUAAUAAUAGUAAGAAGAGAAGCCAUAUGUGUUUUAAUAAUAUUCGUCGUCGUCGUCGUCUUCCUCCGCUUAUCUGUGUCCGGGUCGCGAGGGCAGCAUCCGAACUAGGGAGCUCCAGACCAUCCUCUCCCCGGCCACCUCCACCAGCUCCUCCGGCAGGACCCCAAGGCGUUCCCGGACCAGAUUGGAGAUGUAACCUCUCCAACGUGUCCUGGGUUGACCCGGGGGCCUCCUGCCGGCAGGACAUGCCCGAAACACCUCCCCAGGGAGGCGUCCAGGAGGCAUCCUGACCAGAUGCCCAAACCACCUCAACUGAUUCCUUUCGAUCCGGAUGAGCAGCGGUUCUACUCCGUGUCCCUCCCGAAUGUCCAAGCUCGUCACCCUAUCUCUAAGGUUGAGCCCGGCCACCGUACGGAGGAAACUCAUUUCGGCCGCUUGUAUCCGCAAUUUUGUUUUCGGUCAUUACCCAAAGCUCAUGACCAUAGGUGAGGAUUGGGACGUAGAUCGACCGAUAAAUGGAGAGCCUGGCUUUCUGGCUCAGCUCCCUCUUCACCACGACAGAUCGGCUCUGCGUCCGCAUCACUGCAGACGCCGAACCAAUCCGCCUGUCGAUCUCCCGAUCCCUCCUACCCUCACUCGUGAACAAGACCCCGAGAUAUUUAAACUCCUCCACUUGAGGUAGGACCUCUCUCCCGACCCGGAGUUGGCAAGCCACCCUUUCCAGGUCGAUAUAAUAUUUUGCUUUUAAAUGGUUUUAGGUUGUUUUUUGUCUUAGAAGUCUGGAUAUUUCCGUCUGUUGGGUGAAACGGAGGGCAUCCAGAUGUGCUCCACAGCUGGUAUUAGUUUCAGAUAAUUUAGGAGAUAGAACCGCUCACAUCUGUGUUCACUGUAGCUAUGUAGUCACUUUAUAGAUGAUCACAGUCUUAAGAAACGCCUUAAUCCUCUCACCUGUCCCUGUCUUGGUCUGCUUUCUGCUGCAGAACACUAAAAACUACCUGCUGUUCUUGUAAAUGCUCUGCCAACACUGCUUUGCUUUUUGUCACGUCACUUGAAUGUUAAAUGUUGUUGAUUUCUGGAAUAUUUCAGGGCCCGUGACUCGAAACGCGGCUCCGGCUCUGAAUGUUUUGCGGCUGCCGAUCACGGAGAGGAUUUUUUUGCUAGUCCGUAACUCAGAUUUCUAUAACUGAAGAGAUUUUUACAGAUUCCAGAUGAACGUGUAGGACAGCCAUGCCUUUUCUGCUCGCAGCCAUGACUGGAACAUGGCAGCCGGUCGCUUUAAGCCUUGCUCCGUGCCCGCUGAGGCAGAACCACACAGUCCAGCUGUUGGUGACAUCACAAGCCUUCAUCUGUAACACCGACGGCCCACAACGUGCCAAUUCUGUGUUUUGUAUCAUUUCUAAACAGGAGAAGAAGAAAAACAAUCAGAAAGAUUUAAAACGAGUAAAAAAGUAUAUAUUUUUAAGAAAAGAUGUAUGAUUACUGGUCAUGACAACGAUCCCAAGUGUUUUUAAAAGAUGUCACUGCCUCGAGCGUAGGAGCUCUAACAGCUUGAUGCUCGUUCCCGUACUCUGCCGUUUCCACGUUACGUCUUAUUGUUUGGAUGUUUUCUGUCAAACACUAAAAUGUAUGGUGAGGGAUGAAUAAAGCAUUAUUAUUGUUUAAA